CAUCCGUUGAGAUUCGAAUGGGUCUUUUGGAUCUUACAUAGAUCUCCUAAUAAAAAGAUGAAUGAAGAAGAGUUUGGUAAAGCUAUGAAAAGAUUAGGAUCAUGCAAUUCAGUCGAAACCUUUUAUCCAUUAUACUUACAUCUCAAAAGACCAUCACUUCAAACCCCAAUAGCCGACAUCCAUCUAUUCAGCAACCCCAUCAAACCAGUCUGGGAAGACCCGAACAAUGUGAAAGGAGGCAAAUGGACGAUCCGUUUACGUAAAGGAUUAUCCGAUCGGUUAUGGGAAUCUUUGGUGUUUAGUUUAAUUGGAGAAGAAGGAAUCGAAACUCAAGAGAUUUGUGGAGCUGUUUUGAGUAUUAGAAAAGAUGAGGAUUUGAUGACUGUUUGGCAUAGGAAUGGAGAUAAUCAGUUAUCG